CCAAUCCCACCCAAGCUCUCUCCAUAAAUACACUCAACAAGCCUUUUCUACUUUCCCACACAUAUCUUCACCUAACAGGAAAACUAAUCUCCCACUUUCAGAAGCUAGCUCAGCUAGGGUGAGAGAUGAGUAGUCUUCCUCAAACUCCAGCCAGUUCUACCAAUUCUCACCUUUAUCCUCAAGCUCUCCAACUUAAACUUUACCAGGCCUUCAUUUUCUCAAUUCCUAUCCUUUUCUCCAUCAUUCUCUUUCUCUUGUUCUACUUGUUCUACCUCAAAAGGAGAGCCUCCACUCUCUCAUCUUCUCCACCAAUUCUUCCCAGAAGUUAUCAGGACCAAUCUGCAGCUACCACCUAUCAUGUUUCUUCUGAUUGUCCUGUGGGUUUGAAGGGGGAGCUGAAAGAGAAGCUUCAGACAAUUCUAUUUGAUGAAGAACAGAGGAAAAAGGAUGCACAAUGCUGUGUUUGCUUGGGAGAUUUCGAAAUGGAAGAGGAGUUGCUGCAGGUUAUAUCGUGCAGACACGUGUUUCAUGUUGAUUGCAUACAUCACUGGCUACACAACAACACAACUUGUCCACUUUGUAGAUGCUCUGUGAUCCCCAUCAGUACCAAGCUUGAUAGUCCUGCACUACAGGCACUACCUAGUGUGUCCAGUCCAGGACAGCACAACCCUAGCAUAAUAGUCUCCAACCAUAGUCCUGGGAUGAUAUUAUUGGACCAACAACAUCAACAACAGCAUCAAUUGGUCAGUAAUGUUACUUCAAAUGUAACAACACCAGUUGAGGGUUCGUCAAGUGAGGGUGGGGGUGCAAUUUUGAGGGACUCUGGCAUGUCAUCUGGGCAUUAUACUAAUGAAGAUUUGAGAGAGCCAGUUGUUGUGUGUAUCCAAACGCAUGAUUUGUCAUGAGACAAAUCAUGUUUCCAUCUCUUUCUUCACAAAUAACAAGGCAUGAAUGAGAGAACACUCGAUAGUGUUGAAUGAGAGAACACUCACGUGCCGAUUGACAUAUUCUUUUAGCAACAUUUCCGAGUGAGCAUUCCAGUUUUGGCGGAGCAACUAGCUAGAUGAAAGACUAUAGUUAUAUUUCGAAUUAGGGAAUGGGAGAGAAGGUCAGCUUGUUUUUUUCUUAAACCUCAAUGAAGGUGGCAGCAAAUUUGUAAUUGUCAUAAACCUCAAUCGAGAGAGUUUAGUGUAAUUUGAAGUACCUUUUUUGAACUGGAAGUUCACAACAUGUAUUAUAAAUGUGAUAAUGGGUUCUUUUUCUUGAA